UUAUAUAGCCCCCUCCGCGGGCUGGACUCUGCAGAGAGGGACACACACACCGGGAGAUUUCAGCGGCUCCUUGCAAAUCGCGCCGGCCCCGCGCCCCAGCUCGGCCAGUUCUGCACCCCCAGACCAGACGCGAGCCCCAGCGGCGCAGGAGCGACCCCGCCAGAAUGAAAAAGGCAAACGUUGACCUCACUAUGAAAAAGUUUCAAGGUUCACAGCAGCGUCACAUUCAGUGGAAGCCAUGUGGGUGACCAACCUUCUGGCCCUCUGUGCCCUAGCGGCUGCAGUGCUCUCGGAAGAUAAGAAGCUGAGCGAUAAGGCAACCACCUUAGCUGACCGCAGUGCAACUUUCGCCUUCAACCUCUACCACACGAUGGCUAAAGACAAGAACAUGGAGAACAUCCUCGUGUCUCCUGUGGUGGUGGCCUCCUCGCUCGGCCUGGUGUCACUCGGUGGCAAGGCUACCACAGCCUCCCAAGCCAAGGCCUUGCUCAGCGCCGACAAGCUGAACGAUGACUAUGUUCAUGGCGGACUGUCGGAGCUCCUGAACGAAGUCAGCAACUCCACCGCCCGCAAUGUCACCUGGAAGCUCGGGAACCGCUUGUAUGGCCCCAGCUCCAUCAGCUUUGCUGAUGACUUUGUGAAGAGCAGCAAGAAGCACUACAACUACGAACACUCCAAGAUCAAUUUCAGGGACAAGAGGAGCGCCCUGAAAUCCAUCAACGAGUGGGCAUCCCAGACCACCGAUGGCAAGCUCCCCGAGGUCACCAAAAACGUGGAGAAGACCGACGGGGCCCUGAUCGUGAACGCCAUGUUCUUCAAACCUCACUGGGAUGAGAGGUUCCAUCACACGAUGGUGGACAACCGUGGUUUUAUGGUGACCCGUUCCUACACAGUGGGAGUUCCCAUGAUGCACCGCACAGGUCUGUACAACUACUUUGAUGACGAGGCUGAGAAACUUCAGAUUGUGGAGAUGCCUCUCGCUCACAAACUCUCCAGCAUGAUCUUCAUCAUGCCCAACCAUGUGGAGCCACUGGAGAGAGUUGAGAAGCUGCUGACCAGAGAGCAACUGAAGACUUGGAUCGGCAAGUUGAAGAAGAGAGCUGUGGCCGUUUCCCUGCCGAAAGUCAGCUUGGAAGUCAGCCACGAUCUUCAGAAACACUUGGCGGACCUUGGCUUGACUGAAGCCAUGGACAAGAACAAGGCUGACCUGUCCAAGAUUUCAGGCAAGAAAGAUCUGUACCUUUCCAACGUUUUCCAUGCUGCGGCCCUCGAGUGGGACACCGAGGGGAACCCCUUUGAUGCCGACAUCUACGGCCGAGAAGAAAUGAGGAAUCCAAAACUCUUCUACGCCGAUCACCCAUUUGUCUUUGUGAUCAAGGACAAUAAAACCAACUCCAUUCUUUUCAUUGGCAGGCUAGUGAGGCCCAAAGGGGACAAAAUGCGCGAUGAAUUGUAGUUUGAAUUUUCAGGUUUUGGUGGGGAUUUUUUAAAUGGGGAAAUGUUCUUUUGUAUUCUCUACGAACUGAUGGGUGCUAGCCGGACCAGAGUGCAUUUUGAUGUUAAAUCCAGCAUACAUUUUACCCUGCCAGAAUAUUCCACCAAAAGAAAAUGCGGGGGAGGAAUAGGGGAGGUGGGAGGGAGAGGGGUGAAAGGGCCAGGAACAAUGGGAGGAACCAGUUCACUGGGAUUCUGUUCCCAAUCAGUGGCAUAUCUGCUGAGAUUUUAGGUUACUGUCUGUCUUCCUUCUUCCUGCAGUAGAAUAAAUCCUUCUGCCAAGCAUGAUGGCACCAUCUGCCAGGAUGCAAACUGUCAGCCGAGGCCAUGGUAAAGGUACCAGCCCACACAUUUGCAUCACAGUCUCUGUUGUGCCCUUUGUUCUAGACACAUGGAGCACAGCUUCUCCAUCCUUCUUCCCUGACAGCUUCCUUCAGGUUUGCGCUUAGGGGACAGCUUGCCUCCCACGCAUAGAUUGUCCCUGGUUCCUUGCACUGGGGGCGUUUCUUGGCUGAGCUGGAAGCCAGGGGGCUGGUCCCUUCAUCUGUUCCCUCCUUGAAAUUCUUCUGCCUGUAUCUUGUUUGUUAAAGGGAGUGGCAGGGACUUGAGUGUGCUCCCGCUUACAUUGACUGACUGACAGCAAUAGAGGCACUCCUGACAGAUGCAGAUGUAAGGGAGAGGAGAAGUGAGCCCCCAGGAGUUAGUCAAACCAUUUUGGUUACUUUAGAGGGGGAAACAGACUGUAACAAACAGCCAUACAAGUAAGUAGGUGCUCAGAUGCUGUGGCCCACAUACAAACAUAGAUACAAGUAGAAUUUUCCCUGUACCUUCUAAACCACUUAGCUAUGCUCUGAAAUGUGUCAUAUCUCCCCAGCUACUUCCAGUUGAACAUAGACUAAAAACCUAUCCACUCCCCUUACCCAUGGACAGCUAAAUCUUGCAAAAAUCUGCUUCUUUGGGAAUACUCUAUUUAAAAAAAAAAAAAAACGCCUUAAAUCACACAGCACUGAGGUGUCUUAGCAAAGGGGCCAAGGCCAGAAUGGGCCAUAAAGAUUAAAAGACCCUUUUUCAGGUGGUCCCUUUAGCAGAGAGGUGAGGUGCAGCUGGGGGAGGGGUGAUUUGAUCUACAGCUAACUCUGCUCUACCUGCUCUGUGGAUCGAGAGGAUUUCGGGCAGGGGAGCUACCAAGCAGACAACUCACCAGCACUGGGCCUGCCAUCGAAAGGUUUCAUUAACCCCUUAGACUGGAGAGGAGGAAGUUCACGUCUCUUGGUGCUUUUGUUUCAGGCUGUCAGGACAGACUGGGCAAGAAACAGUUUACAUUGUGAAGGUUCUCUCUGCAACUAGAAAGCUAGAGCCCGAACCAUCUCCCAAGGGGAAGAUGCCCACUGACACCUCUCUAUGGGAACUGUCUCAGGCCCUUCAUUUCCUUUUCCUAAAAUAGAAAGACUUUAGAUUUUCCAUAGCCUGGCUUCCUAAUGACCCUUUCUACACAAUCAUCUUCCCAAGAGGGGUUCACUCCCCAGUGGCUGACCUGCAUAAGGCACAUAGGGUAACACUUGUACUUAUAGCUAUGUAUUUAUGCGUGAGAAGUGGCAAGUCUCAUGAUCCAACUCCAGCGUAGAGUUGAUGGAUCAAAGUGAAUGUUCCCCCAAGGGACAUUAUCAGGUUGAAGCUUGUAUUUAAAAAAAUUAAUGGUCCUGAUCCUACAAAUUCCUAAGUAUGUGUUUAAUGCUGCUUAUACACACAAUAUCACGGCAAAACUGUAGAACAAAGGGUUAGAUAAUUGUUUUUCAGUUUAAUCUACUUUCUGUGUCACUGAUGCCAAUUGCAAUCAGGCUGGACAGUGAAACUGGACUGGUUACAGUUACUUUCUAAUCUGUUUCACUUUCAAGUUCUCAAGUACAAGCCCAAUCCUGCAGCAUCUGGAUUUCAGAGGCUGACAGAGGUGUACUUGGUAAAUUGACUUCCACAAUAGUUUAAGUUGAUUUGAAUUUUGUGUAUAUAUCUAACUCUUGGGGGCCAAAAUUUAACCUGAUCUUGUCUCUUAGUAGAUGAAGUUACAAAAGUAAAGUAUAUGUGCCAAAAUCACAUCCAGGUCAGCCCAUAGGGCAAUGCUGCCCUUAACACCUCCAGUUAAAGUGCUGACAAUCAUCGCCAAUGGAGGGGAGGGGGAGGCGCACAGGCAUGUAUCAGAGUGCACAAAUUAUUGUCUGAGCAUGCACACUGCAAAUCUGUGCACUGAAACCCAUGUCUGUUGCACAUUUAUACAGGAUGGGGUCGGUGGGAGUGUGGAGAACACUGGGAGAGUGUCAAUUUGCAUCAUGUGAAUGGAAGUGUCUGCUUUUUUUUUUCCUGUUUUGAAUUCUUGUACCACAAAACUGAGUUGUAUAAUUUUGCAAUAAAACUUUUUCAAUUAAUCUUG